UUUCUCCCUUCUUUGUGUUUCUAAAUUACUUAUAAAAAAUAAUGAAAGAAAGGUUUUUCCUUGCUCUUUGUUUUGCUUCUUUCUGCUUUGUCCGUCUCUUCACUUUCCUUUUGUUUUUGGGUACACGUCUCGUCACUUUCUGGUAAAGGGUUUUGGCAUCUGAAUUCUUGAAAUGGGCUUUCUUGAAUUUUGAGCUAGUGUACACCGGGCAUGAAAGAUUCGAAAUGGGGAUUAAACGUGGUGGCUGUAGUUCCACGCAUGCACACGAAGGUUGAAGUUGGACGUUUCUGGGUUUACGAUCAGCUUUUAUGAGGACUUGGAGGAAUUUGAGGAAAAUGAUCUUAAAAUUUCAAGAUUCUUUGUGUUCGAAUUGUGGGUUUGUAUGGAUUGCUGAGAGUUUGUGUGGAACGAUGAUUUGAUUGAAGUUUUUGGUGAUUCUGACGGUGCCAUCCCCGGUUUACAUCUGGUUGAUGAACUUGUAGUUUCCUUAUUGGAAGAAGGGUUGCCUAAGUUCAUUUGGUUUUUGAUAUUGCGUUUAGAGUAGAAAUUAUGCAAAGAGUGAGAGUUUCAUCACAACAAGCGCCCGUGCAAAAGCUAGGGAAUUCCCAAAUGACCUUAUCCCCAAAAUUUAGAUUAGCUGCUGCGCAGUCAACUCUGCUAGAUCCUGCACUAGAAUUUGAACUAUCUACCCGGGGAGAGCAAUUGAUUCCGGGGCUUCCAGAUGAUGUUGCUCUACAGUGUCUCCUCCGUGUUCCAGUUGAUAAACAUGCUGCCUGCAAGGCCGUCUGCAAGCGUUGGUACUCCUUGUUUGGCAGCAAGGAACAAUUCUUUACCCGGAGAAAAGAGCUUGGUUUUCGCGAUCCUUGGCUUUUUGUCUUUGCAUACCACAAAUGUACUGGGAAGAUUGAGUGGAAGGUUUUGGAUCUCACCCACUUUUCUUGGCACACAAUCCCUGCUAUGCCUUGUAAGGACAAGGUCUGCCCCCAGGGCUUCAGGUGUGUUUCCAUCCCGCAUGAAGGGGUUCUUUUUGUAUGUGGUGGUGUGGUCUCUGAUGUGGAUUGCCCACUUAAUUUAGUAUUGAAAUAUGAUGUGCGUAAGAAUCGUUGGACUACGAUGACAAAGAUGAUCACUCCAAGGUCGUUUUUUGGAAGUGGAGUGAUUGAUGGUAUGGUAUAUGUUGCUGGAGGGAGCAGCACAGACCUGUUUGAACUUAAUUCAGCUGAAGUCUUGGAUCCUAAGAAAGGGAUGUGGAAGCCUGUUGCUAACAUGGGAAUGAACAUGGCUUCAUAUGACACAGCAGUUCUCAACGGGAAGCUUCUUGUGACAGAAGGCUGGUUUUGGCCCUUCUAUGUUGCACCCAGGGGCCAGAUUUAUGACCCAAUAACUGAUAAUUGGGAGAACAUGGCUGCUGGAUUGCGAGAAGGCUGGACUGGUUCAAGUGUUGUUAUAUAUGGUCACUUGUUUGUGGUUACGGAACAUGAGAGAACAAAGCUGAAGGUUUAUGAUAUGGAGACUGAUUCUUGGGAUGUCGUAGAAGGACCCGUUUUACCUGAGCAGAUAUGCAAACCUUUCAGUGUCAACUGUUGGGAAAGCAAGGUCUACGUUGUUGGUCGGAACCUUCAUGUCGCUGUGGGCCAUAUACUGAGGAUGUAUCCAAGUAACCCUUCUGGGAAGAAAUGCAGAUUUUCUGUGCAAUGGCAAAUGGUGGACGCACCUCAAACUCUCUUUGACUUGACACCAUCAAGUGCACAGGUUCUGUUUGCUUAGAACCUGUUUUUUGUGCAUUUGGGUUGCUCAAUGUUGCUGCUGCAAAUGUAAUUAUAUGGGGACUAUAAAUUAGAGAAAUAUAUAGUGUGGAAGGCCUAUCUUAUAUAAAACUCUGUGUUUAGAAGUCAUAUAUUUCCUUCAUGUUUGGCUCAUUCAGCAAAAUGCUUCUUGAAUCAAGCAACCACAAAGAUCACAUGUCAUUUAUGUAGCCUGUAAUUUGUCUCACAAAAAGUGAUGCUGCUAAAAAGAGGUGAGGUAAAUGCAUUGUAGUAACAGUAGUGAGGGUAGGGUCUUGCUGCUCUGUCCCAAGUAUUCCCACUUUCUUCUCCUGUAUUUGUAAAAAAUCAAAUAGAUUUAUAACCUCUA